UCUGACCCUUCUCAGGAUCCGUAGUUGGAUUCGCUGCUCAUUUGUUUUGGCUGUGUUAGCUUAAGGGUUUUGGUGUCAGGUCGAAAACCUGGUUUAAGCUGGAGCAUCAUGUCUGACAAAAAUGAGCUAAAAGCAGAGCUUGAAAGAAAGAAGCAGCGCUUGGCACAAAUCAGAGAAGAGAAGAAAAGAAAGGAGGAGGAGCGCAAGAAGAAAGAGGCAGACCAAUUGAAAGAUGCUGCACUUCAUCAGGAUGACUCUGAUUUGGAGAAAAAAAGGCGUGAAGCAGAAGCUCUUCUACAGAGCAUGGUAGCAGAAGUUCCUGUUGCCCCUCCCCCCAUGUCUCCGACUGCCAAAUCGACGGGCACACCAAGUGAGGCAGGGAGCCAGGACUCUGAUGGAGCUGUGGGACCCAGGCGUGGAGCUCCAAAACUGGGAAUGGCCAAAAUCACACAUGUGGACUUCCCUCCACGUGAAACUGUUUCCUACACAAAAGAGACCCAGACACCUGUCAUGACCCAGCCAAAAGAAGAGGAAGAAGAAGAGGAAGAAAUCGUUCCUCCUGAACCUGUAGUGGAGACUCAGACUGAAAAACCAGACCAGAAAGAGGAGGAGGAAGCACCCCCCCACGAGCUGACAGAAGAGGAAAAACUCCAGAUAUUGCACUCCGACGAGUUUGUGAAUUUCUUCGAUCACAGCACCCGCAUUAUCGAGCGGGCUCUGUCAGAGCACGUGGACAUCUUCUUUGAUUACAGUGGCCGUGACCUGGAGGAGAAGGAGGGUGAAAUUCAGGCCGGGGCGAAGCUCUUUCUCAAUAGGCAGUUUAUGGAUGAGCGCUGGUCCAAGCAUCGCGUCGUCACCUGCCUGGACUGGUCCCCCCAGUAUCCUGAACUUCUGGUUGCCUCAUACAACAACAACGAGGAUGCUCCCCAUGAGCCAGACGGCGUGGCCUUAGUGUGGAACAUGAAGUAUAAGAAGGCUACGCCGGAGUACGUCUUCCACUGUCAGUCUGCUGUCAUGUCUGCUGCAUUUGCCAAGUUCCACCCUAAUGUCGUGGUGGGGGGCACAUACUCAGGGCAGAUUGUAUUGUGGGACAACAGGAGCAACAAGAGGACUCCGGUGCAGAGGACUCCCCUGUCAGCAGCAGCACAUACGCACCCAGUGUAUUGUGUCAAUGUGGUGGGCACCCAGAACGCCCACAACCUGAUUAGCAUCUCCACUGAUGGAAAGAUGUGCUCCUGGAGCCUGGACAUGCUCUCCCAGCCACAGGACAGCAUGGAACUGGUGUUCAAACAGUCCAAAGCUGUAGCUGUCACCUCCAUGUCUUUCCCUCUCGGAGAUGUCAACAAUUUUGUGGUGGGCAGCGAAGACGGCUCUGUGUACAUGUCAUGUCGUCAUGGAAGCAAAGCAGGUAUCAGCGAGAUGUUUGAGGGCCACCACGGGCCCAUUACAGGGAUUCACUGCCACACAGCUGCAGGACCCCUGGACUUCUCCCACCUGUUUGUUACCUCUUCAUUCGAUUGGACGGUCAAGCUGUGGAGCACUAAGAACAAUAAGCCUCUAUACUCGUUUGAAGACAACUCAGAUUAUGUUUACGAUGUCAUGUGGUCUCCCAUUCACCCUGCUCUAUUCGCUUGUGUGGAUGGAGUGGGCCACCUCGACCUAUGGAACCUCAACAAUGACACUGAGGUUCCUACAGCCAGCAUCACAGUAGAUGGUAACCCAGCCCUCAACAGGGUGCGAUGGGCUCCCUCUGGCAGAGAAAUCGCCGUGGGAGACUCAGACGGUCGAGUUCGCGUCUAUGAUGUUGGAGAGCAAAUUGCGGUUCCAAAGAAUGACGAGUGGACCCGUUUUGUGCGCACGCUGGCAGAAAUCAACGAGAACAGGGAUGAUGCAGAGGAGCUGGCAGCUCAGCGUCUCGCCGCCUGAUGUUGUUGCCAUGGAUGCGAUGUUUAGGGACCAGUGAUGCACUUGUUAAUACCAUGCCCCUUUUGAUAGGACACACACUGGAGGAAUCAGUGAAGUUCAGACUGGAAAGACGUAUGGAUACGUUUCUUUGCAAACACUUUAUUUGGACUUUUCCUUCUCUGUUAGCUGGAUCGUCACCAGUCUUCCUUUGAUUAAGUGACAGGGCUGUUAAUUACAGACACUUCCAUAUGAAGCCAUACUCAAACACUCAAAACAGUUGUCUUUUCUUGUACCAGAUGCCUUAAAGGUUUAUUUUUAACUUGAUUGUAAAAUGCAUGUCCUGACUUUAUUUAGCGCAUAUUAACAUCAGCCUUACUUUUGAGUUACAUUUUAAUGCCAAAUAUGGUAGGUGCUUCACUGCACAUACUAAUUUACAAUCCGUGAAGAACACUUGUAGCUGUGCUUCAUGUCGUCCAGGUUGUAGUAAAGCAAUCACCUCUUUAUACACGCAGGAAUGUAAACAUCUCAUAACUGUAGCCCAGGUUGCCGUCUCUGCUCUCAUAGACUUAAUGACUUCAACAUUCACUUGUUUGUAAAGUAGUAAAAAGUCUUGAAUCCAAAUGUAUUUGUACUUCUAUAAUGUGCCAGUUUCCACUUAAUCAGUGCAUUUGGCGAGAUCGAGUUAGUGGGAGUAUCGUCUAUGCCUAAGAAGAUGAUCAUGUAUGCUGUAACUGAUCAGUGAUUUCCAGAUCUGUAAUGCAAGUCGAGGAUAGUUUCCUAAAGAAUCUCAAAGCUUGGUGACAAAUUUGAGAAUGUACUUUUGACACAGUAGGAAAAACAGUUUAAAAGAUUUAUUUCAAUAAAAUACAAUAAAUACAUUUAAAUUA